CACUUCAUAAUCUCUUUGGAGAGAGAUAAAAAAAAAUUAAAAGAAAAAAAAAAAAAAACUCCUUUUCUUCCUUUGUUUAUGAUGGGUUCGAUCUCUCUUUCUCUCUCCAUCUACACCCAUGAAUCUCCGUGAAGAAAAUUCUGUUUCCCCACUACCCGUUACGGUUUCUCGAUAAAAGAAAGAAGAAAUUCAGAAAAAGUUUUUAGAGAGAGAGGGGAAAUGGGAAGGAUUAGAGAGAGAAAGACUGUUUUUGGUGUUCAUUCUCCUUCUACUUUUAAUGGCAAAAAAUUCCAAUUUUCAUAUUCAUACACCCAAGAACAAAUAGUAUUGCUGUUAAUAGUUUUAAUUAUUAUUAAUACAAUACCAUACACAUUUACUUUUGUUUUUAUACAUUUAUUAUUAUCACAAUUCGUCAAUCUUCAAAUCUCACCGCACAUCUCUUUCAUGAUGAUAAUAUUAUGUUAGCUACAAGAUCAUAUGUGGAGAGAGAAAGUAAUAGUGAGAGAGAAAGUUUUUGUUAAUUUCUUCUUACUUAUUGUCUUUACUUUUUCUUCGACGAUACCCUAAUUUCAGAUGCCUAUUCUCUCUCAACAAACCCUAGUUUUUCAACCAGGAACUUCGAUUUGGUCGAAUCAAGUGUUUUUUGAUGUUUUAGCUGCUAAUUAACCCGGUUUCUGUGUUGGGUUUGACCUCAAUUGCAAAACGGAGUUCGCGAUUUCGAUCUUCUUAAGCUAAUGGACGGUGGUGCUAGCGGCCAUGGCGGCGGUGGUUCGGAAGGGGAGAACAAAAAUUCGGCUGAAGGAGGAGAGCCGAAGGUGAAGAGGAAGAUGAAGACAGCUUUCCAGUUGGAGAUUCUCGAGAAAACUUACGCUGUCGAGGCAUAUCCAGCGGAAGCUCUUCGAGCAGAUUUAUCAGUCCAGUUGGGUUUGACCGAUCGGCAAUUACAGAUGUGGUUUUGUCACAGGAGGUUAAAAGAUAGAAAAACUCCACCUGUUAAACGACCAAAGAAGGAAAUAUCUAGUAGUGGUGGAGGUGGUGGUGAUGAUGUAAUGGUGUCCGGUGAGGGUUUACCUAAUGAACAUGGUGGUUCUGGUGGAUCAGGUUCCGGGUCGAGCCCAUUUGGGCAUACGGGUCGCCCUGUGCCAGCCAUGGUUGCAACCGCAAGUGGAAGGGUUCCAGCUGUGGUUGCUGCACCCAUAGACAUGCCACCUGUCAAGAGGUAUUAUGAGCCUCCACAUGCUGUUUCUGAGGUUAGAGCUAUUGCUUUUGUUGAAGCUCAAUUAGGGGAAAGAUUGAGGGAGGAUGGACCCAUUCUUGGAAUGGAAUUUGACCCGUUGCCACCUGGCGCAUUUGGAGCACCAAUAGUUCAGCAGAAGUCAGCUGUUCGACCUUAUGAAGCCAAACUAUAUGAGCACCCUGAUGCAAAACCAGUGAAGGGUGCUUCAAAGGCUCUCCAUGAAUACCAAUUUCUACCUGAACAACCAUCUGUUAGAAGUGACUCUUAUGAAAGAGCAAUGCCACCUCAAUAUUACAGCUCACCAAAUGACAUGGCAAGUAGCCGGACACCUGUAACCACCACCACCACCACCACCCGUUCUUUUACUCAUGGAAAUGAUCAAAUGGCCUCUGGAUAUGUCAUACCACCUCCACAAGUAAGGUCAGGCUCAGGCCACCUUCUGCCGCCUGCAGCCGGAGAAUUUGAUGGUGGUGGUGGCGGUGGCCGGAAAAGUUUGACUGUAAGUGUUGGAGUUGACACAAAUCUUGGUGCUCAUCCAAUAACGGGAAUUGAGAAUCCGUUUUGUACACCGAUUGAGAAGAGAGUUACUCAUGAGGAGGAUAUUGCACGAAUUGAAAGAAAACGGAAGAGUGAAGAAGCUAGAAUUGCAAAGGAGGUUGAAGCACAUGAGAAGAGGAUCAAAAAAGAGCUUGAAAAACAAGAUAUGAUGAGGCGAAAGAGAGAGGAACAAGUGAGGAAAGAAAUGGAGAGACAAGAUCGCGAAAGAAGAAAAGAGGAAGAAAGAUUAUUGCGAGAGAAGCAAAGAGAGGAAGAAAGAUACCAAAGAGAACAAAGGCGUGAAAUGGAGCGAAGGGUCAAGUUCUUACAAAAGGAAUCCAUUAGAGCUGAAAAGCUACGACUUAAAGAAGAUAUGAGGAAAGAGAAAGAGGCUGCAAGACUUAAAGCAGCAAAUGAUAGAGCUGCUGCUAGAAGAAUUGCAAAAGAAUCUUUGGAAUUAAUUGAUGAUGAACGUUUGGAGCUCAUGGAAAUAGCUGCUGCAACUAAAGGAUUACCCUCUAUGCUUGCUCUUGAUAGUGACACUUUGGAAAAUCUUGACUCACUUAGAGAUAUGCUCCCUGAAUUUCCUCCCAAAUCAGUACCCUUGAAGAAACCAUUUAAAGUUCAACCAUGGACAGAUUCCGAGGAAAACAUUGGCAAUCUUCUUAUGGUUUGGAAAUUUGUAAUUACUUUCGCGGAUGUUCUUGGACUUUGGCCUUUUACUCUUGAUGAGUUUGUUCAAGCUUUACACGAUCAUGAUCCUCGAUUGUUGGGAGAAAUUCAUGUGGCACUUCUGAAAUCGAUUGUGAAAGAUAUUGAAGAUGUAGCAAGGGCACCUUCGUCAUCUUUAGGAGCAAAUCAAACAAGUGCUCCUAAUCCAGGAGGUGGGCAUCAACAUGUUGUUGAAGGGGCAUUUGCUUGGGGUUUUGAUAUUUGUAGCUGGCAACGCCACUUAAAUCCAUUGACAUGGCCCGAAAUAUUGCGCCAAUUUGCUCUUGCUGCAGGAUACGGACCAAAAUUGAAAAAAAGAAAUGUCGAUCAACCACAUCCCCAUGAAGAAAACGAGGGUGUUGAUGGUGGAGAUAUAAUUUCAAAUUUAAGAAGUGGAGUAGCAGCUGAAAAAGCAUUGGCUAUAAUGCAAGAAAGGGGUUUCUCCAAUAGAAGGUCUAGGCAUAGGUUGACACCUGGCACUGUUAAAUAUGCAGCAUUUCAUGUUCUUUCACUCGAGGGUAGCCAUGGUCUUUCAAUUUUAGAUGUGGCUGAAAAGAUUCAGAAAUCUGGUUUAAGGGAUCUGACAACAAGCAAAACACCAGAGGCCUCAAUUGCUGCUGCAUUAUCAAGAGACACAAAGCUUUUUGAAAGAACAGCACCUUCAACAUAUUGUUUAAGAAGUCCAUACAGAAAAGAUCCUGCUGAUGGUGAAGCAAUCAUUAAUGCUGCAAGAGAAAAAAUCCAUAUUUUCAAAAACGGUUAUUUUGAUGGUGAAGAAGCUUUUGAUGCCGAAAGAGACGAUCCUGAAAAAGACGAUGAUUCCGAAAGUGAUGUUGCAGAGGAUCCGGAAAUCGACGACAUCGGCAUUGAUGGAAUCGGAAUCGGAAUCGGAAUUGGGAAUUCCGGUGUGAAAUCUGAAACUCUAGAAGACACGAAAGUUGGCACUUCGAUCGACAAAGUAAGCGGGACCCACGAGGGGGAGGAUACGGUGGUUGAUGAAAGUAUUUCCGGGGAGCCAUGGGUUCAAGGGCUUAUGGAAGGCGAGUAUUCAGAUUUGAGUGUUGAAGAAAGACUUAAUGCUCUUGUUGCUUUGAUAGCUGUUGCAAAUGAAGGGAAUUCUAUUCGUGUUGUUCUUGAGGAACGAUUAGAAGCAGCAAUGGCAUUAAAGAAACAAAUGUGGGCUGAAGCACAAGUUGAUAAAAGAAAAAUGAAAGAAGACUUCAUGAUAAAGAUACAAUAUCCAUCUACCGACAACCAAACCGAAUUGGCAUCAUCAAACAACCACCAUCAAGAAACCUCCGGCGACCACCCCACCACCGCCGAAAGGUUGCCGGAAUAUUCCAUUGGCCCGGAUAGCUUUCAACUUCAACAACCGGCAUAUGCUGUUGAAAAGUCAAGAUCUCAAUUAAAAUCCUUUAUUGGCCAUAAAGCUGAAGAGAUGUAUGUCUACAGAUCAUUGCCACUUGGACAUGACCGGAGAAGAAACCGCUACUGGCGGUUUAUAACCUCCGCCUCACAGAACGAUCCCGGCUCCGGGAGAAUCUUUGUUGAGUUACGUGACGCCAGGUGGCGCCUUAUCGACACUGAGGAGGGGUUCAACAGUCUUUUGGCAUCAUUAGAUGUGCGAGGGAAUCGGGAGGCACAUUUGCAUUCCAUGUUGCAAAGAAUUGAAUCCGAUUUUAAAGAAGCAAUCAAUAAGAAACGGGUCCGGGUCGGGGUCCGGGUCGGGGUCGACUCCAGUAGCCCAAUCAGCACCUUAUCAAUCACAAACACAAACAUUUCAGAAUUCUCAUCCUCUUUCUCGAUCGAAUUGGGUCAAAGUGGAAAAGAGAUAACAAACGCGUUAAAAAGAUACCAGGAGUUUGAAAAAUGGAUGUGGGGAGAAUGCUUGAAUUUAAGGGCAAUGAAGUUUGGGAAUGCCAGAUGUCAACAUGUGGUUGGAAUUUGUGAUAAUUGUAGGGAUUUAUCGUUUUUCGAGGGUAGUAAUCGGUGUUUUUCUUGUGGUAAAAUAUGCGACAUUUUUAUCGGAAGCAAUUUCGCCUUUUCAAAAUGUAUAUCGGAGUUUAAAGAAAAACUGAAAGGGAAUUCCGGGUUUUAUUUUCUUAACCGGGAAUCGGGUCGACCCGUAAGAUUCCGAUUGGUUAAAGCUCAAUUAGCAUUGAUUGAGGCUUCGAUUCCAGUUGAAGCUCUUCGACCUUCAUGGACAGAAGAGUGUAGAAAGUCAUGGUGUGUGAAGCUGGUCAAAGCUGUAAAUCCUGAAGCUCUUCUCGAGGCUUUGACGUUAUUGGAAAGCGCGAUAAAACGGGAUUUUUUAGCCAUGGAUUUUGAGACAACAGAUGAAUUAUUAGGGUCAAAUAACUCGGCAACACUAUGUGGGACCAGUGACUUUUCCAUGGUGUCUGUGCUUCCAUGGUUGCCUGAAACAACAGCAGGUGUAGCAUUAAGGCUCAUGGAACUCGACACCUCAAUUCAUUACUUGCUUACUCAGAAAGAAGAUGCUGAAAAAGACAAAGGAGCAACAAGUUUUUUGACCUUUCCAUUAAAAUAUGCGGUGACGAAGAACGGCGAGGAAGGUGACAACAGCGAACAGCUAUAUGGAUCCGGAAACAUCCAAGACCCAUGGGCGGAUCCGGGCACCUCGGGCAGAGGGCGGGGGCGUGGAAGGGGCAGAGGGCGGGCCCGUGGCGGUAGAUCCCAGAGAACCAUGGGGUCGAGAUCACGAGGUAAAGCGGCGGACAUCAGGUUAGGGCGGGGUCGUGGCGGCGGUCGCGGCGGCCGGAAGCGCGGUGUCCGGCCAAAGCAGCAGAAGACGGUGAACAUAUCGAACGAGAUUGAUAGCGGUCGGGAGUUUCUAUAUGAGGAAAGUCCGGUUCCUGGUUUCCAAGAAUGGAAUGCGGAGGAAACUGCUGACCUCAUUGUUGAGGAAAAUGCUUCGAGUUCGGAAUAUGAGAAUGAAAAUGAUAAUAAUGGUCAGGAGUAUGAUGAUGAGAUGAUGGUGGAUGAUGGGUAUCGGAAUGUUUAUGAUGACGUGGUGGGUCAGGGGUAUAUUGGGGAAUAUGGUUUAGAAGGGGAGGAAGAGUAUGAUGUUGAGGAUGAGGAUGAGGAUGAGGAUGAAGAUGAACAAGGUGGUGUGGAUGUUGAUGGUUUUUUUAAUGAUGAUUCGGAUGAGAAUCGGGAGGUUGAUGUAGGAGGGCAAAUUGGUAAUAAUGCGGAGGAUGAGACGGAAUUAUCUUCGUCUGGUUAUAGUGAUUAACGAAAUCUAAUGUUGUUGUAGUAUAGUGAAGUUCCAAAUGUGGAUUUUGGGGCUAAGGUUGUGUUUCUAUGUAGAUUUUGGGAUAGGAAGUUAGAUAUGUAUGAUGGAAUUAGAGCAGGUAAAACCUUUUGUGAUUUAGCGAUCUUGCAUAUACCCUAAUUUUAUACGCCUAAGUUAUCAUUUA